GCAUGGAUGUAUAAAGAUAACAGUGGCACUGCAUGCGUCUCCGCGCCGGCGCAGGCCGAUCCAGUGACACAGCGCUGGGAUGAGAGGUGCAGCUGCCCCGGACAUGUCAGAUUAGAAACCUGCGGUAAUUUCCAACACGUACAGCUGUCAACGCCCAUGCUGAAGAUGGGGCAGUGCGGUAUCACGUCGUCAAAGACCGUCCUGGUCUUUCUCAACCUGAUAUUUUGGGCUGCCGCUGGUAUCCUGUGCUAUGUUGGAGCCUAUGUUUUCAUUACUUUUGAUGACUACGAUCACUUCUUUGAAGAUGUGUACACCCUCGUACCAGCAGUGACCAUCAUAGCAGUUGGAGCCCUCCUUUUCAUUAUUGGGCUUAUUGGAUGCUGCGCUACAGUGAGAGAGAGCUACUGUGGUCUUACAACGUUUGUUGUCAUUCUCCUGCUGGUUUUCUUGACGGAAGUGGCAGUGGUGGUUCUCGGAUAUGUUUACAGAGCAAAGGUUGAAAAUGAAGUUAAUGUUUCUAUCAACAAAGUGUAUGAUGAGUACAAUGGCACCAACAGCAAUGCCCAGAGCCGUGCCAUCGAUUACAUUCAGAGACAGCUUCAGUGUUGUGGCAUCCACAAUUACUCCGACUGGCAGAAUACACAGUGGUAUAAAGAAUCCAAAAACAACAGCGUACCCAUCAGCUGUUGCAAAAAUAACGUUGUAAGCUGCACGGGGUCCCUCACUCGUCAUGAAGAUCUCUACCAAGAUGGAUGUGAAGCUCUGGUUGUGAAGAAGAUGGAGGAGAUUAUGAUGUAUGUCAUCUGGACUGCUCUGACAUUCGCUACCUAUCCAGGUAACUUUAAUCAAGAUACCUUAUUUUGUUUGGCUUCGCCUGCUCUCUGUAGAAUCCGUGUCUUUAUUAACUGGACCGUUUCCAUAUUGAUUUAAAUCUAUUGGAUCUUGAGCAAAAGGCUCCCAGGUGAAGUGGUACACAUAUUUGAUUAAUGUCAGCAGCAUUCUCAUUGUGUUUAACUGUAUAACAAAUAUACUUUCAGUAUUAUAAAAAAACAAAACAUGAAUCAUUUUACUUGCCUGAGAAGAUCGAUAUUACCUUUGAAUGAUAUAAGGCUACAGCCAAUGCCUAAAAUUAGCUUAGCAUAAAGCUUAUUUCCUUCUUGUUUUUGUCCAUACUAAGCUGUCAGUCUCCUGAAUCCAUCUACAUAUUGACCAUUCAAACAUGAGUGGAAUUGAUCCAUCUCUCGGCAGGACCACAGGAUUUCCCAAAAAUGUUUGACAAUUUCUUAUUCAGCUGUUUUGGUUUUUCGUCUCACUAUUGGGGUUUAGAUUCUUAAUUCCAAACAAAGUAGCUUGAGUAACACAACUACAGUGAGACUCCACUAGCCCGUAACAUUUCUGAAGGGGUUGGAACUUGUUUAAAAAGCCAAAAGAAAGAUUUGUAAACCCUAAUACGUUAUCUUUCUCUUGCUUCUAGAUGCUGGGGAUGUUGUGUGCCUGUGUCGUGCUGUGCCGCAGAAGCAGAGAUCCUGCGUAUGAGCUGCUGAUUACAGGCGGCACCUAUGCAUGAAGGAAAACACAUUUCUCUCUAUAACAAUCACCUUCCGAAUGAACAUGUUUCUUUGGUAACAGCAUACAAUCUAUUACAAAACUAACCCUAAUCACCAACCACACUGUUACAUAUUUUACCUGUUUUUCCAAAAAAAGCUAUACACCAAAUUGUUUAAUGGUCAAUGUAAAGGAUAUGUAGAAAGCAUUCUGUUGCUCUGAGGAUGGCACAAUGGCAUAACACAUUUAUUGUAAACAAUGUAUGGAGUAAAAUGUGGACAGGGUAAUUUCCUCAUGUUAGUUUGCACUAUGUUUAUGGCUUAGAAUAUUUUAUAUUGAAACCUAUCCUGUACUUCAAUGACGUAUGAAUUAAAUGAGUUUUACCGUUUACCCCCACUAUUACUACUGCUACUACUGUUUUACGUCUACUACUACUAUUACAGCUCAGUUUAGUUGAAACCUCAACUUGCACCAGCAGUUUUCUGUCUAGAAAAGAUCACAACAGCCCAAGUCAGUGACAAAUGUGUGCAUGUAGCUUAAUGGCUUUGCCCAUCAGCAUUUGGCAUUUUUAGUAAUGCCUUCUUAACUCAAGUUACGCUUUGUCCUACAGCUGUUGUUUUUUUCUUUCUCCACAGCCCACUGAAGGUAAUUUUAGAAUUUGAUUUGCUGAUAUUUAACAAUAGCGAGCCUCAAGAAUGUUAAUAAAAUGUUUGAAAAGUUGGAAA